UUAUCAAGUCAAAAUGUGUAGCAAGCACAGAGACGCCUUCUCCGUCUUGGCAGGCACAUCGCGCACACAAUCGUCAAGACAAGACCCGCUUCGCCUGCUUGCUACAGGCGGCUUUUUUACAUUUUAGCUUACCUUCCAUUUCAUCAAAACUUUAGCCGCAUCAACCCGACCACGACCAUAUCUUCUUAACAGAUUAUGUGCUGCGAAUUAGAUUGGGCAAUUUCGAGGAAAUUGUUUAACACCCAUCACUUAACAAUAUGAGCUUCGAGCCAUUUAACAGGUUAGUGAAACUUGCAGGUCGGGCGUUUUAUGAUGACGUGACAACAAAGGGAGAUAAUCAGCCAAAGACGGGUCGGGGUGAUAAUAGAGGGAUUGCUGUAGUAGUGCUUGAUGCUCUUACAAGGAGACAAUGGGUUAGGGAAGAAGAUUUGGCAAAGGAGUUGAAACUACAUUCAAAGCAACUUCGGCGGACUCUACGGCUCUUUGAGGAAGAAAAAUUAGUCACCCGUGAUCAUAGGAGAGAGACGGCUAAAGGAGCAAAGAUAUAUAGUGCUGCAGUUGCUGCGACAGGCGAUAGUCAACAGGGUGGGAAAGAUGGAGAGGAGAAGAUUAAGCUGCAUACUCACUCUUACUGUUGCCUGGAUUAUGCACAGACAUAUGAUGUUGUUAGGUAUAGAUUGCAUCGAAUGAGGAAAAAACUAAAGGAUGAACUUGAGAACAAGAAUACUGUUCAGGAAUAUGUGUGCCGCCCUGGCUGUGGGAAAAGAUACAAUGCAUUGGAUGCACUGCGGCUGGUUUCUAUGGAGGAUGAAUAUUUUCACUGUGAAAGAUGUAAUGGAGAAUUGGUGGCAGAGAGUGACAAGUUGGCAGCACAAGAUGGAGGAGAUGGAGAUGACAAUGCAAGACGACGACGACGUGAAAAAUUGAAGGACAUGCUUCAGAAAAUGGAGGUACAGCUUAAACCAUUAACAGAUCAACUUAAUAGAGUAAAAGAUUUGCCUAUUCCAGAAUUUGGAAGUCUCCAAGCGUGGGAAGCUCGAGCAAGUGCUGCUGGGCGUGCCGUAAAUGGUGAUUCUGGUUCUAAUGAUCCUUCCAAAAAUUCUCAGGGUUAUGGUGGAACACCUAUGCCAUUUCUUGGGGAGACAAAGGUUGAAGUUGCCUUUUCUGGUCUUGAUGGCAAGGAAGAUGUCAAAUCUGAAAGUGCAGGCACAUCCUUGAAAGUUUUGCCACCUUGGAUGAUAAAGCAAGGAAUGAACCUGACAAAGGAACAACGUGGAGAGGUCAAACAGGAGUCAAGGAUGACAGAUGACAGUUCAGCACAACCAGAUUUUUCAGAUGACAAAAAGUCGACUGUUGAAAAUGAUGAUAAGAAGAAUAUACAGGACGAGUAUCUUAAAGCUUAUUAUGCUGCUUUGUAUAAGAAACAACAAGAACUAGAAGAAGCUGCUAAGAAACAACAAGAAUUGUCAGACAUUCCUCUAGCCACUGAUCUUUCUGACUCUUCCAAGCGUCAAGUUGGCAUGAAAGUUAAACGUGAAGACAAUCUGGGAGAUGAUGAUAUUGAUUGGGUAGAAGCUCCUGUUGCAGGCAAUACAACUGAGAGUUAUAAGGUCAGUGACUUAAAUGUUGAAGCAGAAGCAUCUGGAGAUGAUGAGGAUGAUGUAGAUUGGGAGGAAGACUGAAAGACAGCAUAGGUUUGUUUGAAUGAAUGGUUCAGCUCACCUUGAUCUGCACGGCAUUAGCAGAGCAUGGGUAAUGGGUGGUGUAAAUGUUGCUCUCUAUUUUUCAUAUCUUCAUGUGCUCUUUCAAGAUCUUAAGCCUUUCCAGUUGUUCCUUGGUAUUAAUUUCAUCCCUGAUUCCUUGACUUUGUGCCAACAGUGGCUGUGGGAUGUCAAAAAAAUGAUUUUUGUGGUCUUAGAAAUGGAUUUCCACGAUGUUGUCUUGUACUAAACUGUAGGCAAAGCAGUAGCGUAACAAAGACAUUUAUAGUAACUUUCAUGUCUGUUUCAGCUGUACUUUAUACGUAUAAAUACUUUGGGCCCACAGAUGCAAUGCUGAAUAA